AUGCCAUCGACGUCGGCCACCUCACUACCUGUGGGUGUGAGGCCACCUCUCACGAUAGACACUGAAGAUAACCACGGUGGAUUAGUGGUCAUCUGGACCUCGUUGGCCUUGGUAUUGAUUUUGUCUUCGGUGGCGGCUCGAAUCUACUCGGCGCAUCACAGGCGUCUUUUUCAACGUGACGAUGCUCUCUUUGGAGUCUUGGUGAUCAUCGCCAUGGCCCAGACUGGGGUGGUUUUGUCCCAAGUCCAUCAUGGCUGGGGAGUGCGCAAAGAGAACCUCAACCCUGCCAACAAGGCAAUGUUCACGACUACCUACGCGGCCGAUAUCCUCGGACUCCUGGUACUAGGUCUCUCCAAGAUCACCUCCAGCCUGUUCUAUGAAACGCUUUUUUCUCAACUACACCUCCGCCUGAUACGAAGUACUCUCAUUUCUAUGGUCCUCUGGACGAUAUUAUCGGUGAUCCUAGUGGGAGUUCGCUGCAGUGAUCAACCAUGGUUCGACAUUGGUGCCUCGCUGUGUAGCAGUCUGUUCCCGCGCUGGAUCGCGAUAACAGUCUUGGAUAUCCUCACCGAAGCCAUGCUAUUUGCCUACGCUGGAUUUGCGAUUCAUAAAAUUCAAAUAUCGUUGAAAAAGAAGCUGAUCAUCGGCAUCACGCUGGAAAGUCGCGUAUUGCUCAUCCCCCUCGCAGCCAUCCGACUCUAUUACGUCCAUAAGCAAAUCGUCUCCGACGAUCCCAUCCUCCUAGGAGCAUACGCCACCGUCACAACCGAGGUCUACAUCGCACUGAGCAUCGUCUGCCUAAUCUCCGCAUUUCUCAAAUCCUUCAUUGCGGUAUUUGAAGACAAAAACGGCUUUUCCUAUACGGACGGGACGUCCGCGUCGCGAACAUGGUCUAAACAUUAUACGUCGGGGACGGGGGGGUCGGCACCAAAACACUUGGGACAUCAUAGUUCGGCGUGUGCAGUCAAGGGGUGGGAGAGAGAGGAAGAUCCGAUGAUUGAUCGACCGGCGGAUUCGCGAGGGUUGCAGAUCUUGAAAACCGUUCAUCUGGAUGUGCGGGAUGAGUCGAUCGAGUUGGCGGAUGGCGGGCAGGGGAGAGCGUCGACGCCGGCUUCGCAGUAUUGA